AUGAAUAGUUUAUUAAUUAUUUUUUACAUUUUAGUUUCUAUCAUCUCAUUAUUUUAUUUUAUUAAUAAAUAUUUUUCCAAAAAUAAUAAUAGCAAUAGUAAUAAAAAUAGCAUUAACAAUAGCAAUAAUAAUUGCAACAAUAGUAAUAAUAACAACACUCUUACUCAACCUUCUAUUCCAACCAACAAUAUUAUAACUGCUCAAAUUCAUUGUAACCAACACCCACACCAACAACAACAACACCCACAAAAUGUAUCCCCAAAAGAUCAAUCACCACAACUCCAAUCUAAUAACACAUGUCCCCAAUCACACAAUCAACCACAAUCACAAAUAUUUGAUUCAAAUUCUUCCCAAUUAAAUAAUAACCCAAAUCCACCAAAAGAAUCAUCUGUUCCAUCCAAAUUUGCUCCAGCCACCUAUCAACCAACCAAAUUAUCUGUCUAUCCAACCUGCAAAAAUCCAAUGAAGAAGAGACCAUUGGAAUUUGAAAAUGAAACAACAAAAAGUGAUAGAGAACUUUCCAAAAAACAAAAAACCAAAGAUGAAGAAUAUGAAAAACAAAUAAUUGAAAUGGAAAGACUAAGAAUUGAUAAAGAAAGAGAAGAAAAGAAAAAAUUAGAACAAAUGGAAAGAUUAAGAAUUGAAAAAGAAAUAGAAGAAGAAAAGAAAAAAUUAGAACAACUUCAAAGAUUGAAAGAAAUAGAAAGAGUACAAAGAAUGUACAGAGAAAGGGAAGAAUUUGAAAGAAUGGAAAGAAUUAAAAUAGAAGAAAGAGAAAGAGAAAUUAAAGAAAGAUAUGAAAAAAUUAAAUUAGUAAGAUUACAAAAAGAAAGAGAAGAAAAAGAAAGAUUAGAUAUAUUAAGAAUGCAAAGAAUGCAGCAACAAAGAGAAAGAUCAGCAAGAGCACAAAUCGAAGGGGAAAUACAAGAAAGAAGAAGAUUAAAAAGAAUUGAAAAAGCUAGAUUAAAAAAAGAAAGGGAAGAAAGACUUAAAUUAGAACAAGAAAGAUUGGAAAGAGGCCGUUUAGAAAUAGAUAACAAAUGCACUAUUUGUGUCAGCGAAAUCGAGACCAGCCAAAUCGCCACAAUUGAUUGCGUUCAUAAAUUUUGCUAUGAAUGUAUUUUUAAAUGGUCCGAACAAUAUAGAACCUGCCUAAAUUGUAGAGCACCAUUUGUUAACAUUAAAAGAGUAGCUAAUGCCGAAGGUUUAUAG